GAGGAACACAUGUUGGACAAGCCAACCAGUCGUAUUAUGCCAAAGCUUAUGCAGACAACUGUGAUCUGUAUAACUUGGUCUAAAAUAAGGAAGUUCUCUAAGUGACUCACCACUAUGGUGCCACCACACCUCCUUUGGCCUCUUCUUCCAUUUCAUUCGGGAGAAUUCGGAGCCAUAUGAAGACUAGGGCAUUUUUCUUCUGUCACAUCUAAGGCCUGUAUCUCAAAACCAAACUGUGAUGUGGAAAAAGAGUUUUUUUGUGUUUCUUUUCUCUCUUUUGACUCUAAAAGCAGAACUGGACUGUGAGACAAUGAAAAAAACAAACAAAUUCAUUUCUCCAUAUUUGCAAUCAAAAACGAAUAUAGUCAGGAAGGGUCAAAAUGUAUCUCUAAGUUGUUCCCACCAGAACAAAUCACUACAAAUCACCUAUUCUUUGUUUCGGGAUAAGGAUUACAUGGGAACCCAGAAUAGCAAAGGAAAACCUGUGAUUUUUAACCUAAGCAUCUCAGAAGCCCGUGAUUCGGGGCCCUACCAAUGCAAAGCCAACAUUUCCAACUGUUCAACAUACAGUCACAAGUUCAACUUCACAAUUAUGGAUCCAGUGACCACUCCAGUGCUGAAAAUUGUUCAAAAACAGACAAACCUUUAUAUAACACUACGCUGCAUCUCCUUCAACGGUUCUCUGCCCAUCAAUUAUACUUUCUUUGAAAAAGGCAUCGCCUUAUCACCAGUUAUUUCCAAGCAUGUAAGGGAGCCUGCUGAAUUUAAUUUAACCAAGAGCAACACUGGAGAAGGGAAAGAGUAUCGUUGUGAAGCUAAAAACAGCCUGCCUGACAACGCAAGAUACAGUUAUCCCGCCACCAUGCCUUCAACAAGUGGAGACAGCUGUCCACUCUGCCUGCCGCUACUGCUUCCGCUGUUAUUACUGAUGCUAAUCAUAAUCCUACUUCUGGCAUUUUGGAUACGACAGAAAUACAAAGCCAGAAAAGCUAUGAGAGAUAAGGCACCCAGAGACUAUGGAAAUACACCCAUAGAAGUUGGAAUAUAUGCAAAUGUCCAUGAAAAUCAAGCAGAUGAGCCUGUGCCAGGCUCAGUACCAAGACAGUGUGUGUCCACAGCCCAAGAUGAAACUGAACAUUCUCAUGAGAUACAUUAUGCCACCCCCAUGUUCCUGGAGGUGAUACCAGAAGCCCAUAAUGAUAAUAAAACUGGAUGUGUCUAUGCUGAACUCAGCUUAUGAAAUUUAAAGAUACAAACUACAUCUCAGGCUCCACCUCAGCCCUGCACAGACAUCAGCAACCCCUGCCAUGUGCCACCCACCAUGGCUUCUGGAUUGAAUUGUGUAGGAAGGGAAGAAGAAAAGGAAGAGGAGAACCUACUGGAUUUUCAUUUCAGUACCUACUUUUUUCCAUGUCCAGAAGUUUCACUUUGAUUCUUUUACAAAUCCACCAAUCUUUUCUUUUUUUUUUUUUUUAAAUAUAUUUUAUUGAUUUUUUACAGAGAGGAAGGGAGAGAGAUAGAGAGUUAGAAACAUCGAUGAGAGAGAAACAUCGAUCAGCUGCCUCCUGCACAUCUCCCACUGGGGAUAUGCCCGCAACCCAGGUACAUGCCCUUGACUGGAAUCGAACCUGGGACCUUUCAGUCUGCAGGCCGACGCUCUAUCCACUGAGCCAAACCAGUUUCGGCUCCACCAAUCUUUUCAAUAUUUUUUGUUGUGAAUUACAGCACACAUUAUAUGGAGAUGAAUAAAAAUAUAUAUGCAGUUUAAUAAAUUAUAUCAAGUGAA